CAGCCGGAAGUCUGCAUGAAGCUGCGUCUCGCACAGGGGCAUUGGCGUCGACGUUUUUUUCUCUCUUCGUUUUUUUUAUUUGCGAGUUUUUUUUUCUCCUUUUUUAUUUUUUCAGUGUGACGAACAUGGAGAGGGAUGGAGGCGUAGGGAGUGGGACAUUGUUGUUUUCAAGCGGAAGUUUAUUUGUUUAUUGACUUGAAUAAUAGGCCGCAUAGUAGCAAGCUAGCUAACAAAAGCUGAAAUUAAUGGAGGCAAGUUAGCUAGCUACGGUAACCUCAAGGAGCUAGCUAGAAAUAAUGGAAGAUUCCCAUUUCAACUCAUCAUACUUUUGGUCUCCCGUUCCCACAGUACAAGGACAGAUCGAGAACGCCAUGUUCCUGAACAAGAUGAAGGAGCAGCUGGGCCCCGACAACAAAGGCUCUCCUUCGUUCCCCCAUUCCUCCUCCCACUACCCCACCGCCGUGCUCACGAUGGACGCGUCGGGGCGCGUGGUGCCCAAACAGGAAGAGGGAGGCGGCGGCGGCGUCCAGCUGAACGCCGUCGGGGGCCACCUGCAUCAGCCUCACACCUCGCAGAACAUCACGGUGGUGCCGGUCCAGUCCGCCGGCAUCAUGACGGCAGCGGGGCUAGUGAUAACCACGCCCCAAGGCACCCUGGUCUCUCAGCCCACCUCCACGCAGUCUUUUGUGUCCGGAGCCCCCGCCACCACCAUGAUAGUGUCCGCACUUCACCCCACGAACACAGAGAGCGGCCAGCACUCCUCUCUCUACUUCUACAGCCACAACAAGAAAGAUGAUGUGAUCAUCCCUCCGGUUGUCAUGCCGACGCCCGGGAAGCGGGGCAGGAAGAAGAAGUUGGUGAUGCCCCGGGCGUCCCUCCCCCCGGGAAGUGAUGCGUUGAUUCUGGCCCACCUGGCGGCCGGGGGACAGCACCACGCCGACCCUUACGACCUAUCGAACGACGAGGACGAGCACGGGAACAAGGACGGGACCAAGUCGUACCGGUGCCGGAUGUGCGCCGUGACGUUCUUCAGCAAGUCGGACAUGCAGAUCCACGCCAAGUCUCACACGGAGGCCAAGCCUCACAAGUGCCCCCACUGCUCCAAGUCGUUCGCCAACUCCAGCUACCUGGCCCAACACAUCCGCAUCCACAGCGGAGCCAAGCCCUACACCUGCUCCUACUGCCAGAAAACAUUCAGGCAGCUCAGUCACUUACAGCAGCACACACGAAACCACACGGAGGGCAAGCCUCACAAGUGCCCCCACUGCUCCAAGUCGUUCGCCAACUCCAGCUACCUGGCCCAACACAUCCGCAUCCACAGUGGAGCCAAGCCCUACACCUGCUCCUACUGCCAGAAAACAUUCAGGCAGCUCAGUCACUUACAGCAGCACCACAGGAUCCACACUGGGGACAGACCUUACAAAUGUAUCCAUCCUGGCUGCGAGAAAGCAUUCACCCAGCUAUCCAACUUACAGUCUCACCGACGGCAGCACAACAAAGACAAGCCGUAUAAGUGCCACAACUGUAACCGUGGUUACACGGACGCGGCCAGUCUGGAGGUGCACCUGUCCACUCACACGGUGAAGCACGCCAAGCUGUACUCCUGUGGGCUCUGCAACCGCGCCUACACCUCGGAGACAUACCUGAUGAAACACAUGCGGAAGCACAACCCCGACCCCCUGACUGUGGCAGCCGCUGUCGCCGCCCAGCAGGCCCAGGGCCACACCCCCGGGGGAGGUGGCCGGGGGAGGGGCCGCGGGAGAGGAGGAGGCGGGGCCAACGCGGGGGGCGGUCCCGUGGGGUCAGGCCAGAACCAGCCUAACCCCAACAACCCUCAACAGGGCAGCUACACGCAGACGGAGGGCGUGCCGUGCCCCUUCGACCUGCACCAGUACAAGACGGUGUCGGCCGGCGAGAUCCAGUACAAGCAGGUCAGCGUGGCGGACAUGUCGGCCCACAAGGACCUCUGCCUGACCGUGUCCACCUCAGCCAUCCAGGUGGAGCACAUGAACUCAUAGAGCGGGAGGAUGGACAGACCAGGGGAGGGUUGGGCGGAGGCCGGAGUCACUUUGAAAUCAGAGGAUGGAAUGGAACGAAGGCACAGUGGUCAAACCAUUUCAAACAGGCCGCCCUCCCAUUUCUCCCCCUACCAGCCUCCCUGGUAAAGACAAAGAACUAACUGAAAAAUAUAAUGGCACUGCUUUGGGCAAUGGAGUGGAUGGAUAUAUGAGGUAAGACUCAGUCAGACUGAAGAACGGAGGGAGUGAAGAGACGAGCUGAGAGGAAAAGCAUGUAUGGGAUGUGUAGUCCAGUAUUGAAUGAAGAGAUGAUAUAUGAAUGGUUCCAAGAAUGCACUUAAAGGAGAAGACUUCGGAGGGAGAGAGCGGGGCUGACAUAAAGAAGGCACUUAAUCAAUCUUGUAUUUUUUCCCUUCAGUUUCGCAUUGUAUUUUUUUUUGUUGUAUGUACUGUAUAUUAUAAUAUGUAUGCAUUUUUCUACCAACAGUGGAAUGUUUGAACGAAUGGCAUGAGAAAGAUUGUGCAAGGAAGGUGAGUAAGAACCAUCUUAAAAAGAGAGCAGAUUUUGUAUUUAAAAAUGAUUUGUUUUUCUAUAAACGCCAACUCAUUCUUGCAAAGCAAGUGAGAUGGUGUAGAAUGAGUAUUGUGUUACAAGACAAAGAAAUGGCUGCCAGGUACUGUUAACAAGUAGUUUUUUAAAAACCUUUCAUACUGAAUAUUACUGUCUACCUUCAUUAUUGUUAUUGUACGCAACUAGCAAUGUUACCCUCAUUAUUAUCCAUUGGAAAUUACUAUAAUCAGUCCUGUACAUGUAUAUAGAAAUAACUUUUUUCAUUCAAAAAAGGGAAGGAUGUACAACUUUCUGCCACUAAAAGCCGACCAGAGAUCGAAAUGCAUACGAAAUAGAAAAACACAAAAGAUCUCCGAAUUGCUGAAAUGUAUUUCUAACCCGUCCAAUCACAGAGGUGUAUUCUGCUCUGUGUUUAUCGAGCAGGCUCGUGAUUGGCCCGUUCUCUUAUGUAUACUCCUUGUACUUCAUUGUGUCUUUUGAAAUACCAAUAACAAAGUUCUCACUCUUCUUAUUAAUGUUACUAUCUCUCUUAAUACAGUUAACUACCCUUAUGCUACACUGGCUGUAUAUGCACAGUGCACAUUCAUCUGAACAGACUGUUUCUCCUUAUAAGGACAAUAAAGGCAGACAGUAGGAGAUGACAAAGCGUGUUGUCUUACUCUCCUUUGACUGCAUCCAGACAUGGUGUUGUCAGGCAGUCUGAAGGUGUGGUACGGUAAACAGUUGAAUUAUACACCAAAAUUAUAUUGAAAUGUUAUGUUGGAUUGGUGGGGUGAGUGUGUUUGGGAUGCACAUUUUCAAGUACGGUGCCCCUUUUUACACACCCA